AGAAGUGUAACUCAUUGGCUGUGUCUUGGUGAAGAACACAUAAAAAGAUAUCAACCUUUUUGAGAAGGUAUGCUACGACUGUGAACAUGUUUUACAAGUCGAAUUCAGUUUUGUUCGUCAGUUUAAUGUUUAUGCUUGGCGGGAAGCAGAGUUGGUGUCAGACAAACAAAAUGUUGUCAGCCCAGGCGGAUAGAGUGAUGGCCCUGGGAGAGUGGGAGGAACGAUGGCGGGAAGAGCGAACAGGCUGGCACCGACCCCACGUAAACAAAAUGCUGGAGACUAAUAUUGAGAAAGUUCUCGAUGGACGGAAUGGAGUUAAGUUCUUCUUCCCUCUAUGUGGGAAAGCUCUGGACAUGAAAUGGCUGGCUGAUAUGGGCCAUUCUGUUGUAGGGGUGGAGAUUGCAGAGAAGGCCAUCAAGCAGUUCUUUGAGGAGAAUAACAUGACUUACAGUGAAGAGACAGUUUCUGCAUUACCUGGAGCUAAGGUUUACAAGAGCUCAGAGAGAAAUAUCUCCUUGUACCAUUGUGAUCUAUUCAAUUUCUCCAGUGCCAUCGAGGGUCAGUUUGGAGGGAUUUGGGACAGAGGCUCCUUGGUGGCCAUCAACCCACGGGACAGACAAAAGUAUGCUGCUCUGAUCAGAUCAUUAAUGGACAAGGACUGCCGAUACCUCUUGGACACUUUGCUCUACAACCCAGAAGUAUACAAAGGUCCUCCAUUUUUUGUGCCCGAUGAGCAAGUGCAAAGUCUAUUUGGGAAGAGCUGUGAUAUAGAGUUGCUGCAGUCCGUGGAUGCCCUCACAGACAGAGAGAAGGCUUGGGGCAUGGACUUCUUCACAGAGAAAGUGCAUCUCAUCACUCUAAAGACCAACUGAGGAACAUUUCAUCAACCAACUCUUAUUUAGGUUUCAAAUAUUGACAUAUUGAAAAUACUCUCAAUUUUUACAUUUACAUUUAAGUCAUUUAGCAGACGCUCUUAUCCAGAGCGACUUACAAAUUGAUGGCUUGUGUUCAGCUUUUUAGUGACACGAUGUAACUUGAAUUGGGUGAUUCAUUUUUACUCAUGCUGGAAUUAAGAAAUACAUUACAUUUUUUAAUGACUGAAAUUUCAAUAAAUACUUUAAAAAUAUAAAUAAAACCAUGUUCUUUACUCAUUAGUAAACACAGUAUUGUAAAAGUCAGACAUUUCCAGACUUGUAACAUAACUGAUCCAGGAUUUAGUUUUUGUUUAGGGAAAAAUAAUUGUAUAAACGGUUUAUAAAUCUGUUUACCUGAAUGGAUUAGUAGUAGAUACAAUAUGCUGUAAUAAAGAGUGAGUAGCCAUUU